AUGGACUUUCCCAUCCCCAUGGACGUUCCGCAGCAUAUAAUUGCUCAAUUAUCCCAGCUACGUAAUGAGUAUGAAGAGGGCUUAUUGACUGAAAAGGGAUACAUAAAGAAAAGGGAAAAAAUCCUGAAUGGCGACUCGCCUUUUGUCCCUGUGAAUCACAAUCGAAAUUCAAGUGUUGUUAGUUCGACGUCAACACCCAUAAGCCCAAUUAAACAAUUCGAUCUUGCAACGGGGGAAGAUGAAUUAUACACUGCAACUUCUCCCUACCCUUCGCAAAAUGGAACUAAUUAUAGAGGUGACUUAUCUUCUACUCAAGACCGUACAUCAUAUGCUGCUCCAAGUUUAUACUCCAAUCAAAAUUUCAAUCGUGAGAGAGCUGGUAGGUUCUUUCAAAACGGUGAGAGAGUUGAGUUGCAGAAACCACUAGAUCCAAGAGAUUUAGCUGACGAAUCCAAUUUGGAGUCAUUUGAUAACCUUCCCUCUAUUUUGCGACAAAGGGCUACUAACUACAAAAAAGAAAUCGCUUUGCUGAUAAUUGAUCAAAAGGGUAAAGAAUCAUCUUCAAUUAGUUGGGAAAAACUUUACUUGAAAGCAGAAAGAAUUGCUCAACAAAUAAGAAACAAAUCAGGUUUGUACAGAGGUGACAGGGUAUGCUUAGUAUACCACCAAACAGAAGUUGUUGAGUUUGCAGUAGCCUUAUUUGGUUGUUUCCUCUCUGGAGUUGUUGCUAUCCCUUUGAGCAGUUCGUAUCCAAUCAAAGAAUUAGUGAAAAUUAUGAACGACACUCAAGCCCAUCUGUGUUUAAUGUCAGAAAGUUCUAUCAAGCUUUUCGAAAGGACUGGACCUGGAGCACAAACGAAAACCAAAUGGCCCAAAGGAAUGGAUAUCUGGAAAAGUACAGAUAUGGGGACCUACCAACAAAUUUCCAAGAAAAAUGAUUCUCCUGCUCUUCAGGUUCCUGAUCUGGCCUAUAUUGAAUACAGCAAGUCGCCUACGGGUGAAUUGAGAGGUGUCGUUCUUUCCCACAGGACAAUAAUGCAUCAAAUGAAUAGCAUAACCUCUAUUUUAUCAAGCAUGCCUGAUUAUGAUAGUACCUCAUUGAAAAGGUCAGCAGUGGCUUUCAACAAAUUCCGAAAUGUAAUUCUUUCCACAUUAGACCCGAGACAAUCAAGUGGGUUAAUAAUAGGUAUAUUGUACACCAUUUACUCGGGAAACCUACUGGUUUGGACUGCUCAAAAAUCAAUGGAGACUCCGGGGUUGUAUGCUCAUAUAAUCUCCAAAUAUGAAGUCAACAUUCUAUUAGCUGAUUAUUUGGGCCUCAAACAAGUGACUUACAACUAUCAAUCCUUUCCUCAACUCACUAGAACUUACAGCAAGAAAAUAAAAGUCAACUUGAAGAGUGUCAAGUGGUGUCUAAUAAACUCUCUAACUGUGGAAGGAGACUUUCAUCAAUUGUUGAUCGAUCGUUGGUUCACUCCAUUAGGCUGUACUAAUGCUCAUAGAAUUGUUGCUCCAGUACUCAGCUUGUCUGAAUAUGGAGGAAUGAUAAUAUCAAUGAGGGAUUGGCUUGGAGGGGAAGAGAGAUUGGGUUAUUCGUACCACAAACCGUUGAACGAUGAUUUAAUCGAUUCCAAGACACUAUCUUCCGAUCUUUCCGAACUUCUGAUUGACAGGGCCUCGUUAAUGACUAAUACAGUCAAAGUAGUCAGUGACAAACCACCGGCAACAGUAUCAGAUACUGCUGAGUAUCUUCGAGUGGGAGCUUUCGGUUAUCCUAUACCAGACGCGACUCUAGCAAUAGUGAAUCCUGAAACUAACAUAUUGAGCGCCAACAUGGAAGUUGGCGAAAUUUGGGUAGAUAGUCCUUGCAUUUCUGGAGGAUUUUGGGGUUUGUCAGAUGAAACCAAUACAAUAUUCCAUGCUAAGUGCAGUGAUUAUGAGGGUGUUCUAGAUCUUGAAUUUUUAAGAACUGGCCUCCUUGGCUUUACAUACAAUGGCAAAGUUUACAUUUUAGGGUUAUAUGAAGACCGCCUAAGGCAAAGAGUGACCUGGAGAGAUCGCUUGGAGGCCUCUAAGGCUGACUCUGCGAAGAAACUGAAAUCCCUGGAUUCGGAGUAUCAAUAUCAUUAUUCAAGUCAUUUGGUAAAAACUCUGGUUAGGAACAUAAAAGAGGUAGAAGACUGUUCAUUUUUUGACAUUUUUAUCAAUCAAGAGUAUCUCCCUGUGGCCAUAGUGGAGACAAAACUAGCAAAACAAAGGGCCCAAAAAAAUGGUGUUGUAGCCACCGAUAAAGAACUACUAGAAGAGCUUUCCAGUAAGUGUAUAAAAGUUCUUGAGGACGUCGACAACGUCAAGCUUUAUUGUAUCUUGGUGGUGCCUCCUUUAGAAUUACCAAGAACUGGAAGACACGGACGCUUAGAAAUUGCUAACAUGUUGUGCAAGCGAAAGUUCAAUGAAGGACGGUUGACAGGAAGAUAUAUCAAGUUUAAUGUGUCUCAUGCCGUCAGUAACAUUUCCAAAGGUGAUGACAUUACCGGUGGUAUUUGGUCACAAUAUCAAUCUAAGGAAAGGCAAAAGAUCUUUGAGUUUGCCGAAAGACAAUACUCCGGUCUAGACUAUCGUGAAGAAAGUGUUGAUGAUAGAACCAAUGCUCCCCUUACAGACUUCAAAACAAUUGUCGAUAUUUUGGCUUGGAGAGCUGCUAACCAAGCUGAGGAGCUGGCUUUCUCUAUGGUUGACAAACAAAGUAUCAAAGAGCUAAAACCAUUAUCUUGGAAAAAAUUUGAUCAGAGAGUUUCGGCGUUAUGCUCAUACAUUGUUGACAAACAAAGAUUUAGUCCUGGUGACUAUGUUAUUCUCAUGUAUACGCUUUCUGAGGAAUUUGUUAUUGCAUUAUAUGCCUGUUUCAAAACGGGCCUAAUACCUAUACCGGUACCAGCUCUUGAUCCUAAUAGGGCAGAAGAGGAUGUUCAGGGAUUUGUUGGAAUUGUUAAGGACUUCAAAGUAGCUCGGGUUUUCGCCAAUACAGAAGUGGAAGCUUUGCUUAAAAUGAAGCAAAUUUCACAUGAGUUGAGGCGUGUAGCUUUGAACGCUAAGCUAGUGAUACCUAAAAUUAAGAAUACCACCAAAUAUACUAAGGUAUCACAGCCAGUGGGACAGUUAAACUCAAAGAUAUCGAAGUUUCAAGCUGGUGCAGGCUAUAGAAAACCGUUCACCACUGCGUUGAUACUAACGUACUGGACAUCUGACCAGUAUAGAAUAUGUGUUCGCUUCACUCACGCCAAUAUUAUGGGGCUGUGCAAAGUAUUCAAGGAAACUUGUCAAGUAUCAAGUAUUAAACCUUUGUUGGCAUGUGUCCGACAUCAUUCGGGGAUCGGAUUUGUUCAGUCGUCAUUAUUGGGAGUAUUUGUUGGAGCUUCUACGUAUUUGGUCCCUCCAAUGGAUUAUUCUAGCAAUCCCAAAACCUUGUUUUUGGCUCUUUCCAGAUACAAAGUUACCAAUACAUUUGGUACUGAUAGUAUGCUAAACUAUGCGGUUCAACGAAUGGACACAAAAAGGGUUGAUCUUGGAGAUCUCAAGAAUUUCAUGCUUAGUUAUUCAGGUCGUCCUGAUUGUCAACUUUAUCGAAAUUUUUUAACCCAUUUUGUGAAUACCCAGAUCCCAACUGAUGCUCUUAGCAAUGUCUAUUCUCACCCUUGCAAUCCGAUGAUUACUUCCAGAUCUUACUUGUCUUUUGAACCAGUGGACUUGUGGUUAGAUCCUAUCGCAUUGUCGCAGGGAUAUGUCUCAUUAGUAAACCCGAAGACCAAUCACCACGCUUUGCAUUUGCAAGACUCCGGUAUUGUUCCUGUGUGUACCCAGAUUGCUAUCGUUAAUCCUGAGACAUUAGAAAUGUGUAGUGUGGGUGAGUAUGGAGAGAUUUGGGUCUGCUCGGAAGCAAAUGCAGAAGGUUUUGUUACUGGAAAAGGCAGAACUGACAGUUUUGCAAUGGCUCAAUUCCAAGGCAAAUUGAAAGGUGGUGAAAAUGGCGUCACUUAUUUUCGAACUGGAGACUUUGGAUUUUUGCAUAAUGUAUCAAAGACUACGUCUGACAAUUCUGUGGUUGAUCUGCAGCUCUUAUUUGUUUUGGGUCAAAUUGCCGAAACAAUUGAAGUUCUUGGUCUACAGUAUUUCCCUUGUGACAUUGAAAAAACUGUGGAGAGAAUCUAUGAUAUCCUUUCGACCUGCUUGUUCAAGUGUGAUGGUUACGCUAUUUUGGUCGUUGAACCUAGAAAAAACUUCAAAUUAUCCUCUCUCGUCCCAGUGAUAGUGAACACAGUUCUCAACGUCCAUCACUUAAUGUUGGAUAUAGUGGCAUUUGUGGAACCAGGAUCCUUCCCUCGUUCAAGAUUGAACGAGAAACAAAGAGCUCGUAUUAUAGACCGUUGGAAUAGUAAUACUUUACAGCUUUGCUCAUCAUAUGGAACUAAUUACGGGGAAAAGAGCAUGAUUGAACUAGUCCAGCGAAUUGACCAGGCUGAAUUUUACAUUUCCAACGCAAAUAAGAAGGAGCAGCACAGUGAAAGGAAAACAGAAGAUUUCAAUGAAAAUGGAUUACGUAUCAUAAACUAA